AUGUUGGAUUCAUCUUCAUCAACAACUUCCCUAACAUCCAAUCUCAAGUUGUUACAAGUCAUGGAUGAUCCCCUUUCUGAUGCUACUUUUUAUCGACAACUUGUGGGGAAGCUAAAUUUUUUGUUACAUAUACGACCUGAUCUUGCUUUCACCAUUCAACAUUUGAGCCAAUUUAACAAAACACCUUGUCAAACUCAUUAUCAAGCUGCUCUUCAUGUUCUCAAGUAUCUCAAAGGAACAAUUGGUCAAGCUCUUCUCUUUAAUAAUGAUUCAUCUUAUCAAUUAGAAGCCUAA